UUGAAAAAGUUGGUUCCGAGUUUCCACCGGAAGAAAACGGAAUUGAUUUAGUGGAACACCAGACUCUUUUCCGGUCUCUAUCGUGUCAGCCUCUGGAGGAAGAUGACGAAGGGAACAUCGUCAUUCGGGAAGCGUCGCAACAAGACGCACACACUGUGUCGCCGGUGUGGCUCCAAGGCCUAUCAUCUCCAGAAGUCCACUUGCGGAAAAUGUGGAUACCCAGCCAAGCGCAAGAGAAAGUACAACUGGAGUGCCAAGGCCAAGAGGCGCAAUACCACUGGAACAGGACGCAUGAGGCAUCUGAAGGUUGUGUACCGCAGGUUCAGAAACGGAUUCCGCGAGGGAACAACCCCAAAACCUAAAAGAGCUGCAGUAGCAGCUUCCAGCUCCAGUUAGACAGACUGUUUAAAAUAAAUAUGCUGUUUCAAAGUGA